ACACUGGAUAAAUAUUAUUCAAGUAAAACUAAAAUCUGUUGUUUCGUAUUAUUCCUUCCUUUAGGUCGAGAAAUCGGUGACUGGUGUAAAGAAUCAUCUUUGCAUCUUGAGGAACAGAUCAAUGUUCAGAUUGAGGAACCAUCACUGAAGGAACCUGUUGAUGGUCAGAGUGAAGAACAACCACCGGUAGAGCCCGACAGUGUUCCCGGUGAAGAACAACCACUGGUAGAGCCCGACAGUGUUCCCGGUGAAGAACAACCACUGGUAGAGCCUGACAGUGUUCCCGGUGAAGAACAACCACUGGUAGAGCCCGACAGUGUUCCCGGUGAAGAACAACCACUGGUAGAGCCCGACAGUGUUCCCAGUGAAGAACAACCACUGGUAGAGCCCGACAGUGUUCCCGGUGAAGAACAACCACUGGUAGAGCCCGACAGUGUUCCCGGUGAAGAACAAUCACUGGUAGAGCCCGACAGUGUUCCCAGUGAAGAACAAUCACUGGUAGAGCCUGACAGUGUUCACGGUGAUGAUCAACCCCUAGUAGAGCCUGUGGAUGGUCACAGUGAGGACACAGAGAGCUUCUCUGCUGAGCCCGGCUGUAGUCAUGAUGACCCUCCAAAUGUGGUCUCUGCUGAGCCCGGCUGUAAAGAUGACGUCGCUCAAGGUGCAACCUGUCAGACAGAGGGCUCUGUUCCACCUCAGCCAGAAGAGCUGAAGGAUCAAGACACACACAUUAUUGAGAUCAACUCACAUCACUAUGAAAUUGGUGCUGAGCUGGGCAAAGGAAGUUAUGGAACCGUCUUCGCAGGAACCCGUUUAGAAGAUGGCCUUCCGGUGGCUGUAAAAAUAGCAGAUUUCAAGAUUGAGCGAUACAUCUUUGUUCCGGGGUUUAACCAUCCACUUCCAGCAGAGAUUGCUCUGCACUUUCUUGCAACUAAAGGUCCCAAGGUCAAAGAACUCGUUCAGCUUCUGGACUGGAAGGUGGAGGAUAACCGCUACUUUAUGGUCCUAGAGCGGCCCAUACCCUCUGUGAGCGUAACGGAAUUUUUAAGAAGCCACAGAGGCAACAUCGAAGAAGACGUGUUACAGAAAAUCAUGUUCCACACAACAAUUGCAGCUGACACAUGCAUCAAACGUGGAGUGCUUCAUCGCGAUAUUAAGCCUGACAACUUGCUGAUGAACCCGCAGACCAAUGAAGUUAAACUGAUUGACUUCGGGUGCGGUGACCUCCUAAUGAAGUACUAUUACACAACUUAUUUGGGGGUGCCAAAGCACAGUCCUAGAGGGCCGGUGGCCUACAGAGUUUAG